CUUUUUUUUUCUUUUUUUUCUUCCACUUUAUCAUUUCAUUUUUAUUUUAUCACUUUUAAAAUUAACAUAUUACUUUAAAAAAAAAAAAUGUCUGCUUCCACCACGCACUCCUGUCAGUCCACCGGCUGCACCAACAUUGCCACUCUGCAAUGCCCUACGUGCGUCAAACUAGGACUAACCGAUUCCCAUUUCUGCACUCAAUCGUGUUUCCGCAAUUCCUGGGCAACCCACAAAGCCAAGCACCAAGUAACUAACCCCAAGGCCACCUACGACCCCUUCCCAUCCUACGCCUACACGGGACCCUUGCGCCCAGUUUACCCAUUGUCCCCGCGUCGUGAAGUUCCCGCGGAUAUCCAGCGUCCGGAUUACGCCACGGAUCCCAAUGGUGCUUCGCGCCAGGAGCAGGCCUAUGGGAAUGCCCAGAUCGGCGAUGAUCUUGUGAAAAUGCGCGAGGUGUGUCGGCUUGGUCGUGAGGUGCUGGAUAUUGCUGCGAGGGCGGUGAAGGUUGGGGUCACUACGGACGAGAUUGAUAGGAUUGUGCAUGAGGCUACGAUUGAGCGCAAGGCGUAUCCGUCGCCCCUUAACUACUACCAGUUUCCUAAGAGCGUCUGCACGAGCGUCAAUGAGGUUGUCUGCCAUGGUAUCCCGGACCAACGCUCCUUGGAGGAUGGAGAUAUCCUGAAUAUCGAUAUUUCGCUGUACAAGGAUGGCUUCCAUGCGGAUCUUAAUAAGACCUACUUUGUUGGAAAUGUCGAUGACAAGUCGAAGAAACUAGUCAAGACUACCCGCGAAUGCCUGCAGAAAGCUAUUGAUAUGGUGAAGCCUGGCGUCCGGUAUCGCGAUCUCGGCUCUGUCAUUGAGAACCAUGCUCGGGCGAAUGGAUUCUCCGUCGUGCGUACGUAUUGCGGCCAUGGUGUUGGGAAAUUAUUCCAUUCGGCGCCGAAUGUCCCGCAUUAUGCGCAGAAUAAGGCUAUUGGUGUUAUGAAGCCCGGUCAUGUUUUCACGAUUGAGCCAAUGAUUAAUGAGGGAAGGUUUAAUGAUCAGACUUGGAGAGAUAAUUGGACUGCUGUUACAGUUGAUGGAAAGCGUAGUGCUCAGUUUGAGCAUGCUGUUUUGGUCACUGAGGAUGGAUGUGAGGUGCUGACCCGUCGUUUGCCCACUUCUCCUGCAUCUCAGCUUUAAAUACAUAAAUUUUUUAAUGCGUUGUUUAAUUUAUGUUUUUUAAUAAACAAUAUUCACUAUAUA